GGGCUGGAAAUAUUGAGAGAGUCCAAAAAGUGUGCUUUAUUGUAAACAUUGAAAUGGGAGUGAACGAAGGCAUCUUUGAAGAAGCCAUAAAUAAAUUCAUUAUCAGUUGACGAUUGUUGAGGGACCGUCCAUUGGAGCACGCGUCUUGGAACUUCAUCCACACGUAUGGAGAACGGUUUACAAGGAAACGUUUUUGCCCAAACUGCAGAAGCAGUAAACGAAGGUUUUAUUGCUGGAGAUGCCAAGGGUACUUUUGCGGUGAAAGUUGGUUUGGCACAAAUGUUAAAAGGUGGCGUCAUAAUGGACGUGGUGACCCCUGAGCAAGCCAAGAUUGCAGAAGAAGCAGGUGCUUGUGCCGUCAUGGCCCUGGAGAAGAUUCCUGCAGACAUUCGCAAGUCCAAUGGGGUAGCACGAAUGUCGGACCCCAAGAUAAUAAAAGCUAUAAAACAGGCAGUCUCAAUACCUGUUAUGGCCAAGUGUCGAAUUGGACAUUUUGUAGAGGCGCAAAUUCUGGAAGCUAUUGGAAUCGACUAUAUAGAUGAGUCAGAAGUGCUGACUCCAGCAGACGACUCGCAUCACGUGAACAAGCACAAGUUUCAGGUACCUUUUGUAUGUGGCUGUAGGAAUUUGGGGGAAGCACUCCGGAGAAUAUCAGAAGGAGCUGCUAUGAUUCGCACCAAAGGGGAAGCAGGAACUGGAAAUGUUGUGGAAGCUGUUAAGCAUGCCAGACAAGUCAAUGGAGAUAUUCGUCGCCUUCGAAACAUGGAUGAAGAUGAGCUGUACACUUUUGCGAAAGAAAUAGGAGCGCCAUUUGCACUUGUAAAACGCACCAAAGAGUUGGGAAGAUUACCAGUCGUUCAGUUUGCUGCUGGAGGUGUAGCUACUCCUGCAGAUGCGGCACUGAUGAUGCAGUUGGGAGUUGAUGGAGUGUUUGUAGGCUCCGGAAUAUUUAAGAGCGAAACCCCAAAGAAGAGAGCAGAGGCUAUUGUAAAGGCGGUCACCAAUUAUAACAAUCCCAAAAUAUUAGCACAAGUUUCGGAAGAUUUGGGAGAGGCAAUGGUCGGAAUUGAGAUGGAUGCUCUUACUCAGCGUUGGGCUGCAGAUUCGCGACAUCAAGCACAGUAGACAUUUCUUAUCCAUCCAAUAUAAGCAACUCGUACCUCUUUUUGUGUCUGUUUUUGUUUGCUGUUGAAAUAAAUAGAUAGGAUACGUCAGUUUGCUAUGGUAAAUUGGAAAACUCCUGAAAAGUUUGUAAUGUUUGCUGA